AUGCCGAGAGUAAUGGCGACCGCGGGUAAUUGGACCGUGGGUUUUUCAGCAGCCAGUCACCAGAGGUACAAUCCAAACAUCAAUGUUGUGAUAUCCGAAUCCAGAAAUAGCACGCUGCAGAAUGAUUGCCCAAACGCAGGGGAGGGCUCGGCAGAAAUGGGAGAAUGGCUGUCGAUUUUUGGACCGCUAAUUGCCGCACGAUUGAACAAGGCUGCGCCCGGGGCGGAUCUCAACGAGGUGGAUAUAUUCAACGUAAUGGCGAUGUGUCCGUUCGAAACAGUGGAAACAGAGAAUACAAGCCCAUUAUUUUGUCGGUUGUUCACAGACGACGAUUUCCGUGCAUUCGAGUACGAUGGCGACGUGGAGAAGUACUACAAAACGGGAUUAGUCUUCGAUAUGAUCUGGACGAGGAUUGAUUGA